CUAUCUAUAUUUUGUACUAAUAGAAUUAAAAACUACUAAGAUGAAUAUUGAAAUUCUUGAAAAUAAAGCGAUUUGUAAGUUUAAUCUGAGAGGAAUGUGCAGAUUUGGAAAUAGAUGUUGGAAUCGUCAUGAAAAAAUUACAGAAGUCAAGGAAGUCGAAAAAAUAGAGCCAAAACCAAUCGAGGAAGAAAGUGCAUAUGCCCUAUCUUUAACUAAGCCUAAAAAUGUACCAUUAAGAGAAUUUUUUGGCCCCAGUACAUCAAGUGCUGAAGAAGCAAUACAAUUAAUAAAAAUUUCCGAGUCAGAAGAAAAAGUGUGUGGUAUAUGUUUUGAUACUAUUUUGAAGAAAAUUAACAAGUCUGAAAAAACUUUUGGAAUACUACCAAAUUGCAACCAUUGUUUUUGCUUUGCUUGCAUUAGAAAAUGGAGAUAAAGUAAGGAAUUUGAAUUAGAUGUUUAUAAAGGCUGUCACGAAUGUAGAGUCGCCUCAGAUUUUGUAUAUCCUUCGAAGGUUUAGUUGGAAUCUAAGGAAGAAAAAUUGAAUUUUAUUAAUAGCCAGAGGCAAAGAAUGAAGAAACAAGACUGCAAAUAUUUCCGUAAGGGUAGAGGAAAAUGUCCAUUUGGAAACACUUGUUCGUAUCUCCACGCCUUGUCCAAUGGAAAAACUCUUGAUGUAGGGCCACCUUCAAAUAGAAGAAGAACUCCAAAAGGCAUACUUGAAUCAAAAGCUGAAAUACUCCAACAAAUAUUGUUCUGGAUAAACGAUGGUGAUCAUGAU